AUGAACCUUCAGCACACAAAAGUCCGGAACCGGCUCGAGCCUCACCGCGUUGAGAAGUUGCUCUAUAUCCAGAUCAAUAAACAACAAUUCCGGACAGAACAGCCCCCUGAAAUCACCCAAGAGUUCCUUCUUGAGGAAGAUGACAACGAAAUAGAGAGGGUUUUGCAGCGUAAGCAGGUGCGGGACCAUCUAUCAGAGGGUUCCGUGACUUCGGAUACUUCAUCGAAUCCCGUAUCUAGUCCUACGCCAAGUCCUACGCCUGGUGUAGGGUCGAGCCUCGUGUCAACUUUAGACAUAAAUCCCGAUUUGAAUCCCGAGCCAGAACCUGAAUCAAAUUUGGAACAAGGUCCAGAACCAAUUUCUGCACCGAAUUCUGCACCGACUUCUGCGCUAGUUUCCGCGUUGAAUUCGAGGCUUAACUGUUUGCUUAAGCCAAAUUCGGAGCCUCUCCCGAGUCCAACGACAUCUACGCCAAAUUCAGCUCAUCCCAUACGCCCGAGCUCAGUCAAAACCAGUACCGAUAAAACGUUUGAGGUUAGCAACACUAAAGGGAAGAAGCGUUUAUCUGAAUGGCCUCAAGGAGUUACAGAGCAUUGCGAGCAGCCAGCUCAACGGCGGGGUGUAAAUAAAGGCUAA